UUUUAACCGUUAACUUGGACGGUCAAACGCGUUGACCGUUAGUCAACGUGCCAUGUCACUGCCAAGUCAACAUAAAAUAUUUAAAAUAAUUCACAAUUUCCACACAUUUCCUAAUAUUAAAUUAUUGUAAAUUAAAAAAAUCAUCUAAUACCUUAGUUAAACCAAAAAUAAAAAACUAAAAAAUUAAAUAUUUAUCAGAUCUUCUGACUUGGCAGUGACGUGGCGCGUUGACCGUUAGUCAACGCGUUUGACCGUCCAAGUUAACGGUCAAACAUUGGGUUUGGCCAAAUUGUUUAUUUUGGUGUAUAGUUCGGGCCAGGAUGUUAUAGAUCGAAAAUAUUGGCCAGGAUGUUUAUUUUGGUCAAAGUUCAGGCCAUACGAAAAUAUUAACCCUAAAUUUAUUUCAAACAACGUUUGAAGGAUAUUAUUUUUUUAAUUGUCCUCUAAUAUUAUAAACAUUUUUAUUUUAUUCUAAUUAUAAACAAAAUUAGAUAACAUCUUAAUUCUGAAAUAGUGCAUCCAGAACUAACGGUCCUAUAAAUAGUCUAACUCUAAUCUCAUCCACCAGUAGGGUUGGCAAUCAAAUCCAUGGCCGCGGGUACCCGACCGUCCCCAACCCAGUCAACGCGGGGAAUCCCCGCUUUGACCGGAUAUGGGGCAGGUAUGGGUAAAACCCGCAAAAAGUUUGAUGGGUAUGGGGCGGGUAUGGUUUUGGCAUCCCCCGCCCCAUACCCGCCCCACCAAGAGAAUUUCUUCACAUAUAAAAAAAUAUGUGAAUUUCUUCACCAAGAGAAUUUCUUGACAUAUAAAAAAAUAUGUGGAUUAAAUUGCAAUUGAGUGACCACUUUAAUCAAAAUCUAAUUCAUUUUCCUCAAUUCUACUUACACUCUUUCACUUUCCCCCUUGUCAACAAGAUUAUGUUAGUUAACUAUUACUUAGUAGAUGUAUCAUAAUCAGAAGAUAAUAAUUUGAAAAAUAUUAUACUCUAUAUUAUGUAUUAAUGGAUGUUUUAGGAUCAUAUACUUUGAACCGUAUUAAGAAAAUAAUUGUGUUUUGUUGACUUCAUGAUAUUAUAGGUUUGUUUGGAGUUAUAAUUAAAACUUUUCUUGUAAGUUUGAGAUAUAGUAAUGUUGGAUGUACGGGUACGGGUAUUACCCAUGGGUACCCGAAACCCACGGGUAUGGGGAUGGGUUUGCAAAACAUUCCCCCGCAUGAGUAUGGGGCGGGUAUGGGUUUGAAUAUUUGAAGAUGGGGAUGGAUAUGGUUUAGACAAACCCGCCCCAAACCCGCCCCAUUGCCAUCCCUAUCCACCAGAGCAGCAUAGUGAUUAGUGAGGGUGGUGGCCGGUGUGGCUGCGAUGUAGCAAGUGAGACCGUGAAGAAUUCCAUAUUUCCAGGCGAGGUCGCCCAGAAACUCCUAGGUUCAUAGGCGGAUUUAGGAAUUUUUUUAUAGGGGUGUCCUAUUUUAAAAUUAAAUAAUAAAUAAUUAAAUUAAAUCAUAUAUAAAAAAAUAUUCGACUAGUACAAAAUUUAACAAAAGGUCAUCACAUGUUUUCAUAUUUUGAAAAAAGAAUAUAAAAUAGACUUGAUAUCUACACUGCUCAACAAAUCUAUAUAUCCUUCUAGACAAUAAUCCACGAACUGAUCGCAUCUUCGCUUUAAAACCUUGUUCUUUAUGUAACUCAAAGUUGAGACUCUUUUAACUCCUGCCGUGAAAUCAUAAAAUCAAUUCAAAUUAAGGAUAGCCCUUUAUUAGUUCAAUUGUUUGGUUUUGAAAAUAGUUUGGGGUAAGGAAUAAUAUCUUUACUAUUGUACAGUGUUUAAAAUAGAGCAAGAAAUGAGUUAUAACCUAGAGAAUAUGUUUAAUAAUAGUAGCGUCCUAGGUUUGAAUAAUACAAAUUACCACUUUUUUUUUAAUCAUACACAAAACUACUAUCGAAACUCGAAAGUAGGAUAAUUGUUUUUUACAAAAUAAGGAUGUCUCGGAUUAUCAAUUAUAAUUUUUUUAUCCAUAAAAAUUACUAUUGAGAGUUGGAUAAUCGUUUUUCCAAAUUUUAGGGGUGUCCCGGAACACCCCUAAAGUCCAUGUAUACGCCACUGCCUAGGUUUACUGAUAAAAGUUAUAUAAGAAUGCGAUUGCUGCUUAAAACCUGAAGAUCUCACGUUUGAAUUCAUUAAAUAGUAUCUUAAUCACAAAAUGAAACAUAUAUCACCUUAUUAAAAAAAAAAAAAAAUCGGCUGCUGCAUUUGUUGGGUCGCGACUCGCGAGGCUUUUGGUUCACACACAAAGGUUCACAAUUUUUUGGGUCUCACCUAAACCCUUGUUGGGGCUUAGAAGCUGGGCUUCAACAGCCAUGUUGGGCUCUGAGGUUUCCAGUGGGCUAUGUCAGCUUUCUCAACUUUGUUGUUACACUCCAUUCCUCGGUUUUGGGUCUAAAGCUGAAGUUGAUUUCCACCUUUUUUUUAUUAUUACAAUCUUAUAAUAAUGGUCCUCUAUUAAGACCCAUGAUACUUACAUAAACAAUAAACUUUUCAUAAAAAAUAAAGUCAAGCAGGGAGUACGCACGGAAAAAAAGAAAUAUUAGAUGGGUUGGCAAGGUGGGCUUAGGAUACAGAUAGAACAAAAGCAUAUUCUGCCCUGUGAAGAAUGGGGCGUGGCACCUCUACUUUGACUAUGGCUCUCUCUUCUCUUGGGCGGAGCAAGUCCAGUUAGUACGAGAACAAAACUCGAACCCACGGGUAUCUACCCGAUUCAAUUCGGUCAACGCAUGUAAAAUCCGUGUUGACGGGUUUGAGCUGGGUUCAGGUGUAAUUCGCUACACUAUUCACCGGGUCGGGUUGGGUUUGGGUUUAGGAAAACCCGCUCUAUGGGUACCCGCCCACACACAUAUAAUUAUUUUCCCGGUAUAUUUAAUAUUCUAAAUAAUAUAUCUUCUUUAAACAACUAAUAUCUAUAUGUUUGUGGAGACAUGUAUAAUUUGUUCUUUCUAAUUGUUUAGAAUGAAGUUGAUAUUAGGAAGUGAAGAGUGAAGAAACUUAGUUGACGAGGAAGAAACUUUCAAUUAAUCUUAUUGUUUAUAUAUGUUUAUCUUUAAUUUUGAAUAAUUUGUAUUGAUCAUUUGCGCUUUGCUUGUAUGCUCUAAAUUGAUGUUUUUUGUAUGAUUAAUUUGUAUGCGAAAAUUGAUGUUAAACUCUUAUUUUGAAAGAAACUUGUUAUUGUAAAUUUUACCACAAAAACCCACGGGUACCCAUGAACCCGCGGAUACCCAGCGGGUUGGGUUGGGUUUGAGUUUUUCAAACCCAACGGGUUUUACCCCGGGUUUUUUUGGCGAAUAAACCCAUGAGUUUGGGUUUAGGUUUGACAAAACGCGACCCAACCCGACCCAUUGCCAUCCCUAAGUCCAGUCUAACUGUGUAAGUAUUAAAAAAAAAAGUCCAAAAUCCCAAAGCCCAAGUGCCUUCACCUUUACCUACCCCAUAUACUCCAACCCAAAACAAAAUGUCCACAUCUCUCAUCUGACAUCUCAUCUAAUUCAAGCAAAGCAUCUAUAAGAAGCAGCUCAAGAGUGAAGAAGACGAAGCAUCUCUCUGCCUGACUCCCACUUUUCCUGAUUCCCUCUCUCAUUCGCUCUUUAUCUCGAUCUAUCUUACCUCUCCGUACUUGUAACACUCUUUCUGUAUGGCUGCCAAUUGGAUGAGCAACAGUAGUAGUGGCAGAGGGAUCGCGAGCUUGGGCAAGCGACUGCUCUUUCCCAACCACCGGAUCUCCACCUCCUCUUCUUCUUCUUCUCCCUGCAGCAUCAGGGGGUUGCAUUCGGCGUACGAGAAGAAUGUAGAGUCGGCGGAUCACCAUCAUCAUGAUGAUGAUCAGGUGAUCUUCCGGCAGCCACAGCAGCAGCAGCAGAUGCUAAAAGAGGAGGAUAAGUUCUACUACUGGGAGCCGCACCCGCAGACCGGAGUGUUUGGCCCUGCUGCUGCCGCCUCUGGAGGAGCCGCGGCGGCCUCGUCGGGGAAAGCUUCUACGAUUGAUGGUGGUGAUGGUGCUGUGGUGGUGGAAGAGAAGGCCUGGUUCCGCCCUACCAGCCUCGAGGACUCCGAGAAGCCCCACUUUUCUUGACGACAAUUCAUCCUCUACGGCUGCUACUACUAAUACGUUGUCGUAAUAAACGCCUAGCUGUUUGGUGGUCGCAUAUAUAUGUUACAAUAAUGAGGCCCUAGCGGUGAAAGCUUUCACCGGCGGCGGCGGCAGGAUCUUAUCUUCAUUAGUUUAUUGUAUUAUGUGUUCAAAGGGCUUACUAAUUACGUUUGUACGUGCGUGGAUUAGUGUGUAUGUAUCUUCAUGAUCGUGAGUAGUGUUUGCUGUUUUCUUCUACCUUAGUAUUGUGCGGAUGGUGGUAGAGUUUGAAUAAUGUUCUGUAUUUGUAAUGACGAUCAGUUGGUUUUAUUUCAACCUAGCUAUCAGCUUUAAUUUGUGAGAGAGAUGAGUUAAGCUUGCCUCAACCUAUCGUUAUAUUUUGGCUGGAAGGAAGCUAUAGGAACACUUUUACUAUACUAUAUAGUAUUGGUGAUUUAAUGUACAACUUGAAGUUGUACCAUAACAUUAAAUGUAUAAGUUUAGGUUGUACCAUAAAGGAAUUUGUAUCAUUAUGUUAUGGUACAACUUUACAAUUUGAAAUUAAUAUUGUACCAUCACAUAAUCUACAAUUUUAAGUCGUACCAUAAAAGAAUUUGUACAAAGUAUAGAUACAAUCUGAAGUUGUACCAUAACGUUAAAGGUACAAUUUCAAAUUACACCAUAAAGAAAAAACUUAUAGCACCAAUGCUAUAUAGCAUUGUAAAAUUCCUCAAGCUAUAGAUAGAUGGGUCUUGCACAAAUGGCCCAAUUAUCAGAAGAUGUAUUGUGGAAGAGUCCCGGAUCCAUCGAUAAAUAUAUUCAAUAGUGGUGUGGGCCCAACAAUUAGCUAACGUGAGAGGGAGAGGGAAGAAACGAAGAAUAAGAAAGCCCGAACAAAUAUCCGCCGAAGAGAAAAGGAUGGCGAUGAGUCGGUUUGGGUUUGUGUUUGAAUCGGUAUAACCAUCAAUAAAAUAGAUAUUUAUGGGUUCUGUGGUGAAAAAAUUAUACUAACAAGUUCAAGUCAAUAUAAAAGUCUAACAUAAUUUUUCCUAUACAAAUUAUCCAAACAAAAAACACCAAUCUAGAGCAUAGAAGAAAACCAUCCAUACAAACUGUUCAACAUUAAAGAUAAGGGUGCGCCUACGGUGACGUGCAUGUCACGGUGACUUGCACUUUUCGGUCGACCUCAGUUAGGAUUAGGUCGAACUAAUCUGUUGUUUUAUUGUAAAAAUAGUUUCAUGGUGCCUACUUUGGACAUUCAUAUCAUACAAUUGGCUAAAUGAAAAUUGAAGAUUAAUGGCUUGUUUUGAAGAUGGAGUGUCCCUCUACAUAUUAAAGUAAUUAAGAGCUCGAUGGGAAGUCCAGAAGACCAUUUUCGAACCUGAUCAAAAGGCUAUGCCAAAACUGGGAAACUGCCUGAAAAUGGCUAAGUCUGGAAACGUGUUUGUGAAACCUACUUUGGAGCUCAAUUCGAGAAGCAUGAAUGUGAGUCGAGUCCAGGAGCCUCUACCACAUUAAAUUAGGUAUGUUGUAUACAAAUUCAAGGCAUUGGAUGAAAGAUUGGGUAUCUGUAAGGCUUCAAACAAAAGGGUCCAAGUUGCUACAAAGGCUGUUUUCUGGCAGACUUCGAGCACAAGCAAGCUGCCAGAAAAAUAGCCUUUGUAGCAACUUCGAGCAUUUUUUUAAGCCUUAAAGAUAUCCAAUCUUUCAACCAAUGUCUUUCCUUUGUAGACAAACAUACCUAAUUUAACUUGGUAGAGGCCCCUGGACUCGAAUCGCAUCCAUGCUUCUCAAAUUGAGCUCCAAAGUAGGCUUCACAAACACGUUCUCAGACUUAGCCAUUUUCAGGCAGUUUCCCAAGUUUGGCAUAGCCUGUUGAUCAGGUUCACAAAUGGUAUUCUGGACUUCCUAUCGAGCUCCCAAGUACUUUUAUGUGUAGAGGGACAAUUCAGCUUCAAAACAAGCCAUUAAUCUCCAAUUUCCAUCUAGCCAAUUGUAAGAUAUGAAUCUCCAAAGUAGGCACCAUGAAACUGUUUUUACACUGAAACAACAUAUUAGGUCGACCUAAUCCUAUAUGGGGUUGACUGAAAAGUGCAUGUCAGCGUGACAAGCAUGUCACCGUAGAAAAGUCCAAUAAGAAUAUAUUCAACUCUAUUUGCGAUCGAGUUAUGUUUUGAGACCUACGUAUCUGGUCCUAGAUAGGGUGCAAACUACAAACCAUGGAUAAGUAGUCAUGAUCUCUUGAUUUUAGUGGGCCUAGAUCUAAUCAGUGAUAUGCAAUAUAUAUUCUAAGAAACUUCGGAGGUAGCUAACAAAUAUUGGUCUACAAAGAGUAAUAAAGAAAAAAAUAUUUUCAAACUUUAGAAAAACAAUAUGAAAAAUAGGUCAUAAAUUAUUUUGGAUUCAAAAGGUCCUAACAUUAGCAUACACUAGCUAAUAUCAUAAAUUAAAGUCUGGAGUGUCAAUAAUUUGAUGGUUGAGGAAACAUGUUGCAAAACUACUAGAGGGUAUUAGAUAAUUGUAUAUUAAUCCUUUUCUAACAAUGCUAAACAAUUAAUUGAAAUAACAUAUGAACUUUAUUUUAUAGUUUGUGGAGUAGUCAGAUUACGAGUCAAUAGGGUUCUGGUUAGUCGGAUUACGGGUUCAAUCCAGUUAUGAGUCAAUUGAAUUCGGGUUAUUCGAGACAUGGGUAGUCGGGUUACGACCUUAAUCGAGUUAGGGCCAAUCGGGUUAUACGCCAAUCAGAAUACAGAAAACUCGGGUUGCGGUCGGGUUAGCUCAUAGGGUUUGACUCUUGUUUUCGUGUUGCGUUUAGGUAGUUUAACUCAAAGUAUAGUAUUCCUACGUCGUCUACUAAGCAUUUUUUAAAACUAAGAAUAAGUGAAUUCCAAUAAAAUAAUGAAUGUCAUUAGUUUGGUACAAUUAUAUUCAUUAACUAAUUUUUGUCAAUGAUGAUGUUAAUUCUUACGUAUUUACAAUAUUAUGACAGCUGUUUUAUCGAUGAGUUAAACAAGGUGAAGGGGUUAACCUAAGAAGAUCCCUGUCAUUGCCCUUUCCACCGAAACAGUUCUGCUUCUUUUGAAUUCGCUCAAACCACCUAUUUUGUUCACCUAGGAUCAAAAUCCCGAUUUUAAACGAUUCUAAGGUCCACCGAUUUUAUAGUAAAAUCUCCCUAAGUAAAAUCCUACAAUCCUA